AUGGAACCGGUCGAUGAUCUUACCCAGGUAACGAAUGAAGCAAACUGUGUCACGGCUCCAUUACCUUUAACCUUCGAGCAACUCGACCAACCUUUCGGUUUUGUGCUCUAUACCAAGAAAUUGAAUACCUGCGGUAAGAAGCUCGAAAUAAAGCAGUUCAAAGAUUUUGCAUAUGUCACCCUCAACAAAAACCGUGUGGGUACCUUGGUAAACUCGUACAAUGGUAAAUCGGUACACUCUUUGAACUUACAUGGCUGCAAACAAGGAGAUGAACUUGGCAUACUGGUCGAAAACCAAGGGCGACAAACAUAUGAAACAAUCAACGAUUUUAAGGGCAUACUAUCAGAAGUGGAAUUAGAUGGAAAACCACUGCAUGACUGGAAGCAGUGCAAAUUGAGCAUUAUUCAUGAUUACGCCAACAUUUCCCGGUUACCAGCGAAUGUGGUAAGUUUGUUCUUUCCUACUCUUCCCCCUCUCAAACCGAAGAGCAUUUACUAA